AAUAAUAAAUAAUUAAAAAUAAAAGAAAUAUAAAUUUGUCAUUAGGUGAUUAAUAUUUCAUUACAAACUUUUGUGUCAUAUUUAGAGAGUCAUUUUUGUUUCAUCUACAGUUUAAUUGUUUAUUGAUACUAUUUAAAAAUGGAUAAGGAUUCAGUUCAAGAUAAGACAAAUGUCCAGGAACCUCUUGAUAAAAAAAACCGUCGUGGUAAAAGAGGAUCAAGAAAUGGCAAAAAAUUAUCUGAUAAAGUUGAAACAAUUAAUAAUAAAAAUUCAAGGAAUAAAUUAACUGAAAUAAAACAAAAUUUUGUUGAUAAAUCAUCACAAAUGAAAAAUAAAAAAUUCAAGAAAAUUAAAGAUGAUUCAUCAAGGAAUAAUAAUGAAAACUUUCCAUAUUCAAAAAAAAAUAAAACAUCUAACAGUUUUAAGAAAAAAACAUUAAAAAAAGCACCUGAAAGAAAAGAAUCAAAAUUGUAUAAUAAUUUGGUAAAAAGCUUAUCACAAAUGGAUAUUAAAAAAAACGAUAAUAAAAAUGAUAAAAAUAAUGAUAAUUUUACAUUUCCAAAAACAAUAAAAAGAAAUGAAAUGAAAAAAAUAUUAAAACAACAAAUUAAUAAUACAGAAAAAGAAUAUAUUACUGGAACAAUUAAAAUAAAUAAUAUAUUUUCACGUUAUGCAUAUGUGUCAAUUGAUGAUAAAAAUAUUAACGAUGAUAUUCUGAUUGAGGGUUAUCGUGAUAGAAAUAGAGCAAUGGAAAAAGAUGUUGUUGUUGUUGAAUUAAAACAAAAAACCAAUUGGAUACAAAAAUCAAAUGGUAAUUAUCAAAAAACAGCAAAAGUUGUUUGUAUUUUAGAAAAAGUACAUACAAGAAAAGCUAUUGGUAUACUUGAAAAUCAUGAUGAAGUUAUAAAAUUUCGUCCACGUGAUCCAAAAUUUCCAAUAUUAACAAUUGAUACAGAAACAUUACCAGAUAAUUAUGAUAAAAAUAAAAUAUUUAUGGCUAAAAUUAAAAAUUGGUCAGCUCCAAAUUUUUGUACUGGUAAAAUAUUAUCAAUUGUUGGAAAUAUUGGUGAUUUUGAUGUUGAAACAGAAGCAAUAUUAUUAGAAAAUGGUCUUGAUGUAACACCAUAUGAUGAUGAAUUAAUGAAAGAUAUUCCAUCAAUUGAUUAUCAACUAUCAAAUGAUGAUUUUAAAGAACGUGAAGAUUUACGUAAUAAUUGUAUAUUUACAAUUGAUCCAGCAACAGCUGUUGAUUUAGAUGAUGCUGUAUCAUGUGAAAAAUUAAAUAAUGGAAAUUAUAAAGUUGGUGUACAUAUUGCUGAUGUUACACAUUUUUUAAAAACAAAUACAAAAAUUAAUGAGAGAAUAUCAAAACGUGCAACAACUAUUUAUUUAGUUAACAGAGUUUAUCAUAUGUUACCAAAAUCGCUGUGUCAAUUAUGUUCAUUAUCACCUGGUAAUGAUAAACUUGGAUUUUCAAUAAUAUGGGAAAUGACACCAGAUGCACAAAUAAUUAGUCAUAAAUUUUCAAAAACAAUUAUAAAUUCAUCAUGUCAAAUGUCAUAUGAACAAGCACAAAAAUUAAUUGAUAAUAAUAAAUUAAAAAUUAACGAAUUUAAUGAUAAAUUAAAUAUUAAAAAUGGAUAUAAAAUUAAUGACUUAUCAAUUAUUGUUAAUGAUUUAUAUAAAUUAUCAAAAAUAUUACGUAAUAAAAGAUUUAAUGAUGGUGCAUUAAAAAUUGAUCAGCCAAAAAUUCAUGUUGUUUUGGAUGAAUCAACAAAACUUCCAGUAACAUAUAAACUUGAAGAAAGACUUGAUAGUAAUAAUCUCAUUGAAGAAUUUAUGUUAUUAGCAAAUAUGACUGUUGCUAAACAUAUUUAUAAAAAAUUUCCAAAUACUGCAUUAUUACGUCAUCAUAAUCCACCAAAAGAAAUUAAUAUAACACGUACAUUUAAUAGUCUUCGUAAUUUUGGUAUUAAUUUAAAUACAAAUUCAGCUGGUGAAUUACAAGCUAGUAUAGAAAAAUUAAGACCAAUUGAUGAUGAUAAUGAUGAAUUUAAAGUUGAAAAUUUUUUUAUACAAAGUAGAAUGAUGGUUAUACAAACAUUAUGUGCACAAUCAAUGAUGAGAGCUAAUUAUAUUUGUUCUGGUAAUAUGGAUGAUGAAUUAUUAUUACAUCAUUAUGCAUUAAAUGUACCAUUUUAUACACAUUUUACAUCGCCUAUUAGAAGAUAUGCUGAUUGUAUUGUACAUAGAUUAUUGUAUUCGUCAUUGACUGGUGAACCAAUGCCAACUGAUUGGUCAUCAGAAUUAUGCACAAGGCUGGCAAAUAAUUGCAAUCAUAUGAAGAAUAAUGCCAAAAAUGCACAAGAAAAAAGUACAGAGUUAUAUUUUGCUCAACUUGUUGGACAAAAUGGACCAACUGAAACACUUGCCGUUGUUAUGUAUAUCAAGGAACAAAGUAUUGAUGCUAUACUGUGUCAUGUUGGUAUGACAAUUAAAAUUGAAUUAUCAAAUGUUAAAAAUGAUGCUACUGUUAAUUAUACAAAUGAUGAUUCAAUACCAACAAUAACUGUUAAAUGGAAUACAGAUGAAGUUGAACAAGUUAUUAAUGUAUUUUCUAUUAUUCGUGUUAAUAUUAGUAAACAUCCAAAAAAUUACAGUCUUCGAACAACAUUAUUACCUCCAAAAUUUUGUAAUUCUGAAUAACAGAAAUGCAAUAUUAUUAUAUUUUUAUUUUUUAUUAAAUUAUAAUAAAAAUUAAAGAAAUAUUUCUAAUUUAA